GAUGUUGUGAUGAAUUUUUUUCUGGCAAAAGCACAGAACUGAUGUUUCAGACUCUGAAGAGGCUUUCAUUUCAUUAGAAAUAAAAGGAGUCACAAAGAUAAAACAGGGAAGUGGAAAACAAAUUAAGUACAGCUUGGCUGGACAAAGUAUCCGAUUAAAGCACACGAUUAAGUGGUAUUUAGAAAGGGUGUUUUCUCACCACAUCACCUAGCCAUACUGUGCUUGAUUCUGCAAUCCAGUGAUCUGCUUUCAACAUAUCUCAAGAAACUGCAAAACUCUGUAACUAGAGCUGAGUAGCAUUUAUUGUGAGGUCUGUGAAUCCUCCUGGGAGAAAGAAAAGAUGGGUUUCUAUGAAACUGAAAAGACAGAGCAAAAGCUCCCCAUGAAUCCAGAUGCAGCAGAGAAUGGGGAAUGUAGGGGAAUCAUAAGUAAUGGAAGCACCAAACAAGCAAGAGAAGUCUUCUCUCUGAAACAGGGCCAUUGUGUAGAUGGUUUGUGCAAUAAUGGAAAAGGGAAACUCACUUUUUCUGUAAUGAUUGUGAGCUUGGUGCUUAAUGUCAUUCUGAUCAUUUCCACCAUCAUCAUCAUCGGUAGCACUGCUUUAUCAGAAAGUCAUGCAGUAUUGCCAACCGCCCUACCUUCUCCUUGCACUUCAACUGAGUACUGUCCGGACGGCUGGAUUGGCUACCAAAGGAAAUGUUACUAUUUUUCGGACAGUUACAGAAACUGGACAUAUAGCCAGAAUUAUUGUGCCUCUUUCAAUGCCUUUUUGGUCGUGAUUGACUCCCAAGAAGAGAUGAGCUUUUUGAGACGGUACAAAGGUCCUGCUGACUACUGGAUUGGUCUCCAAAGGAUGAAUGACCAGGAGCCUUGGAAAUGGAUCAAUGGCACCAUUUUCAAUAACUGGUUUAAAAUUCGGGGAGGAGGAGAAUGUGCUUAUAUAAACCAUCAAGGUGUUGCCAGCUCCAGCGGCCGAAGUGAAGAACCCUGGAUCUGCAGCAAACCAGUUCAGAUGACAAAAGGCACUGGAUGUGCACUGAGCGGACUUACAACAUACAUAAGCACCCCUAACUACAUUUUCUAGGAUUCUUUGGGGGAACCCAGGACUUCUGAAGUGGCAGUGCUUGAAAUGUAUGGUGUUGAUGUGCCCUUUUACAGUAAUCUGAAAAUAAGACCUUCUGGAAGAAGAAGUAGCUUACUGAUGGCACGUUGCCUGCAUUUUGGCAAUUGUGGACAGACAAUGGCAUUUGGAAGCGAAAAUCACAGUCCCCAUAACACCCAGGAGAAAAGAAACGCACAACAAAUAAGGCUACUUUACUUUUCACCAGAUGUAACUGUAGGGAUGUUGCUUGCCCAGAAUUGGAAAAAUGACAAGAUACUUACCAGGUGGACUAUUGGAUUACGCAGAGAUGGCAAGACUAACCGGGAAAAUCAGAAGGAUCAAAACUUCAAUAAAGAAUGUGACAAAUUUAUAUCUGAAAGACCACUGUAAACACUUGGACUCUUUGGCAGGUUUCAAAUUAUUCUUGCAAUGAUACAUAGACUUUGGAUAUAAUUGUUGUUGUUGUUGUUUAGUCGUGUCCGACUCUUUGUGACCCCUGGACCAGAGCAGGCCAGGCACUCCUGUCUUCCACUGCCUUCCGC